AUGGAAAAUAUACAACAUAAAGUAACUAUUGUUUGGCAUUUAAAUUCAGCUCAAUAUGAACAUCAACUUAAAGCUUUAAAUGAUGGUAAACUUGCAAAUGUACAAUAUUUCAAGAACGCUGAUGAAUGUGUUGAUUUUAUUACAUUUCCUUCAAAUACAAACGACAAAGUUUUACUUGUUAUGUGUGACUAUUCUAUAUCUGAAAUUGUGGUCAUAGGUGUGGAUAAAUUUUCUCAGUUAAUGAAUUGUUAUCCGGCUCUGGGAUAAGAGUGAAGAAUAAGAAGACUUCGAAUCAACAUCUCUGAGUAGAAGAAUGUUCGAAAGUAAGGAGUUUCUAGUGGAAACCUCAGUGAAAAAAUACGUUCAGCGUAGAAUUUAUGACGAAUUAAAGUAAAACUACACCACUUUAGAUGGUUUCUAUAGAUAUCAAAAUCCUCUACGAGAAAAUAAUGAUCUUCUUGGUUUCUAAUAGCUAGUAUCUCCUUUCGAAAGCUAGAAUGAGUUUUUCUUUCCACAAGUGAGAUUCAAUAGGUUAUCCUAACUUAGACUUCUAAAAACUGUUGACUUCCCUCAGUAGUUUUGAAGAUUUUUCGCAUUUUUCUCGUUAUCAUAAUAUUUCCACUGACCAGGUAACAAUGGUUUUUUUAUCAUGCGCUUGCGUUGAAAAGCAUGUGGGUGUGGGUGGGUGCGGGUACGGGUACGGGUACGGGUGUGUGGUUGUUAUUGUGGAUGAGUGUGGGUGUUGAUGAGUGUGGUUGUGGAUGGGUGUAGGUGUGGAUAAGUUUGGAUGUGGAUGGAUGUGCAUGUGGGUUUUCUCUGAACGCACCCACACCCACACCCCAAAAGACGAUUAUCUAUUGAUUAAAAUCUAUAAUAAAGUCCUUUCAUUGCAUAACUUCGACUUAAAACUCACACUCACUAUUUUCUUCGACAAUAUACGUGAAUUCCAUAAAAUUUUGAAGCUUCUCCAGGACCAAUCUUCAGACUACGACGAGUUCCAGAAAUCAGUGCACUCGAAUAUUUUUCGAAACGAACAAGACAGAGCACAAUGGGGAGCAUCUGUAGAUGUUGAUUUUUUGGUCCAGGAGAAGCUUCAAAAUUUUAUGGAAUUCACGUAUAUUGUCGAAGAAAAUAGUGAGUGUGAGUUUUAAGUCGAAGU